CAUCUCCCUCUCUCCCACUCUUUUCUCUUUUCCUCUUUGCUGUACAUUCUAAUUUAUAUAUUUUCCUGAUCGAGAAAAUUCGAUGAUUUAAGGUGUUAGAUGAAUAUUUCUUGGUAAAUUAGUUAACUCUGGUCAAUUCUCUGUUUCCAUCUUUGAAUGGAUAAGUGUAGAGACAGAGAGGAUCGUGUCUUCGAGCUAUAUUACCACACGUAUUGGUCGUAGAUAGAUCCACAUCGUUCGUUACUAUUCAAACCGAUCUACGCGCUCUAAUCUUUCUACCUUCUUAAGUAGUUCUUGAAUCCAGACCGCUUAAAUCUUGAUCUCAAUAGUUUCCGACCAAACAAGAUGAAGAGAUCACGUGGAAGCUCCGAUUCUUUAUCCGGUUUCUUACCAAUUUGCCACUCUGCAACAGACAAACAACUAAGUCCACGACCAACAGCCACCGGCUUUCUCUAUCCCGGCGCCGGAGACUACUCUCAGAUGUUCGACGGUCUAGAAGAAGAUGGAAGUCUAGAGGACAUCGGCGUUGGGCACCCCGCGGCGGAGAAAAAGCGGCGGUUGAGUGUAGUGCAAGUGAAAGCGUUAGAAAAGAAUUUCGAGAUUGAUAACAAGUUAGAGCCUGAGAGGAAAGUGAAGUUGGCUCAAGAGCUUGGGCUGCAACCUCGACAAGUGGCGAUAUGGUUUCAGAACCGCCGUGCUCGGUGGAAGACAAAGCAGCUUGAACGUGAUUAUGGCGUUCUCAAGUCAAACUUUGACUCGCUCAAACGCAGCCGCGACUCGCUUCAGCGUGAUAACGAUUCCCUUCUUGCAGAGAUUAAAGAGCUGAGAGCAAAACUUGACGUGGAAGGGACCAUCAAUGUUAACGCCUCGACAGAAGAAACCGGCGGUAUAAAAGAUGCGGUUGCGGUUCAGACGGUGAUGGCUAAUAACGAAGUCUUAGAGCCAAGCCAGCAUCCUCCGCCACAUAUUCCUAAGGAAGCUCAGGCAUCAGAGCUCGCAUUCGAGAUGUUUAGCAUUUUUCCACGUACCGAAAGCUUCAGAGAAGAUCCUGCCGAUAGUAGCGACUCAAGCGCUGUUUUGAACGAAGAAUAUAGUCCAACCGCGGCUGAAACGGCGGCUACGGCGGUUGAAAUGUCGACGAUGGGAUGUUUUGGUCAGUUUGUGAAAAUGGAAGAGCAUGAAGAUCUUUUUAGUGGAGAGGAAGCGUGCAAGUUGUUUGCGGAUAAUGAGCAGUGGUUUUGCUCCGGUCAGUGGAGUUCCUAGACGAUGAUGAGGUUAAAAAUGAAAUUAUUGAACAAUGAGGAACGUUUGUGAAAACAUUGCUGGAGGCAAAAAAGGUUAAAACUUAAAAUCGCAUGCGGUUUCAUGCACGUUGGCAGUAUAUCGUUACAAGUUACAAGGUUUAAGAAAGAUGACAAAAGUGUCUGAAGUAAAAUAAUUGAAAACAACCAAAUUAUGUGAAGAUGGAAUCGUUUUUUUUUUUUUGAAGUUAUAUUAUUACUUAGAAUAAUUGUGUCGUUGAAUGUAGUGGUACAAAAAAAUUGAAUGUUCUAGAGAUUUUUCUUUUCUGAUAACCGUGGAGAUUAUAACAUUUUUUUAAUGUAACUAAUCCAUCUAAAUGGCAUGGUUAAGUGGCAAAUGUGAUCGAAUUAAGUUCUCUUUUGGUUUGUUUUGUCCUCGACGUCUGUUAAUGACUAGCAAUUGCAUGUAAACGAUCAUUACUUUGAUGGUGAGUCUUGUGACAAUAGUUUCG